AUGGAGCGUGAAAUACGAGCGAUUUCUGCGGCCCCGGGUAAUGCGAUGCAGCCCCGGGACAAUGCCCGCCCGCCGCCUUUGGACUGGGAUGGGGGGAACGACGAGCGGCCGGCCAAAGGGACGGAGGUGCGAAGUUCCAUCCCCCCGGGGCCGGUGGAGCGCGGCUCGGCCCGGCUGAAGCGGGGAUGUGGCCGCCGGGAGGAUUUUGGGGACGUUGCGGGGACGAUCGGGGCCCGCGAACCGGCGGAGUCCCGCGGCGGCCGCGCCUUUGCUGAUGCUAAUGGGCGGCGCCUGUACCGUUACAAGCACCCCACGGACGAGGAGCUGUGCGCCCUGGCCGGGAAGCAGCGCCCCAGGAGCAGGAGGGACAGGAGGCACGGAGGGGUGGCAGAGGACCGAGGGCUGUGGGUGCCCUGCGACAUCGACCUGCAGCUGGACACCAGCCCCAUCACGGCCGUGGACGCGCUGGUGCUGCGCCAUUUCCUGGACUACCAGUGGUUCGUGGAUUUCUCCGUCUACGCCGGCGCCGUCUACGUCUUCAGCGAGGGCUACUUCUGCCUGGCCAGCCCCGCCAGGGAGACCCACCUGGGCGUGCUCUGGUGCCUGCUCACCCUCCUCUUCUGCCUCAAGGUUUUCCUGACGCUGCUGCGGCACUAUUUCCGCUCCGAGGAGGGCGGCGAGCGCUCCGUGUGCCUCAGCGCCGCCCUCGUCUUCCUCCUCCUCGCCAUGCUGGCCCUGCUGGUCCGUGAGGAGUACCUGGAGUUCGGCCUGGAGGCCGGGCUGGCCGGAGUCUCUGCGAGCCUGGAGCCCAUCCUGAAGCCGCGGGGCUGGGAGUGGACGCUGCCGCUGGCCUCGCUGGCCUUCAAACUGGGGCUGGUGGCCCUGAGCUCCUUCCUGGGCACCUGCCUGACCUUCCCGGGGCUGCGCCUGGCACAGACACACCUGGACGCGCUCAGCAUGGCCCGGGACCGGCCCCUGACACAGGCCCUGCUGCACCUGGGGUUCCUGGCUCCCGUGCUGGUGGUGCUGCUGUGGGUGCGGCCGCUGGGCCGGGACCUCCUGCGCCAGGCCCCGCUGGGCCGGCAGCCGGGCCAGAUGCUCUCGGACUCUGCCUUCGACACGCUGCGGCUCUGGGCCGUGGUGUGGCUGUCGCUGCUGCGGCUGCUGGGGACGCGCCUCCACCUGCAGGCGUACCUGGGGCUGGCGCAGCGCUGGGCGCGCCGCCUGCGCCGGGAGGCGGGCCGGCUCCGGGCCCGGGACCUGCAGCAGCGGAUCGCCAGGAUUUACUGCUACGUGUCCGUGGUGAGCCUGCAGUACCUGGGGCCCGUGAUCCUCACGCUGCACUGCGCCCUGCUGCUCAAGACGCUGGGCCACCACUCCUGGGGGCUGUACCCCGAGUCCCCCGCCGUGUCCCCGGCAGCGCCGGCGGCCCCACCACGCCCCGGGGGCGACACGGACGGGGACGUGCAGGUGGUGGUGCAGGAGAUCUCGGGGGUCCUGGGCUGCAUCUUCACCCCCCUCUUCUUCCGAGGACUCUUCUCCUUCCUCACCUGGUGGGUGGCCGCCUGCCAGGUGGUCACCAGCCUCUUCGGCCUCUACUUCCACCAGUACCUGGCAGCGUCCUGACUGGGAGGGACUGGGAGGGACUGGGAGGGACUGGGUGCUGCCGGUCCCUCGCUGCUGCCUUGUCUGCUUGUCCCACUUUGAGGACGCACACGGGCACAGGGGUGCCACCAGGACGGGUUUUGUGUCACCGCUGUGCCUGUCCCUCGUGGGGACACUCCGGGGCUGCCUUUUCCUGGAGGGCAGCGGCUCCUGGCGAGCUGGGGACACGGUGGGGACCUCCGGGAGCGGCCAGCAGAGGUUUCGGGGUGUUCCCAGCUGAGCCGGAGGGGUUUUGGAGGGGGUUUUUGGAGGGUCUCUGCACCCUGCCGUCACCCCCCAUGCUGCUGUUUCACAAUAAACAAGUGACACCAGUGUCGUCCUCACCCCAAA